AUGGCAAAACAUUCAACUGAUAAGAAGGCUUCAAAAAAGUCACAUAUGGAGCUGCCAAAGAAUACAAAGAAGAGAACGAGAGAUGAAUCUGAGUCCGAAAGUGAAGUCGAAGAAGAUACCGACAAGAUUGUGGAUCAGUUAGAUGAUGAGUUCGAUGAGGUAGCAGGGCUUCUUGGGGAAGACAUCAAAGAUCCAGAGGAAAAGAAGGCCAGCAAGAAACAAGCAAGGGACGAGAAGAGGUUACAAGAGUUAACAAAACCAAAAGUUGUCAAUCCAAAUGAGACUAACGGUAACGAGGACGACGAUGAAUCAGAGGACAACUAUUCCUUCGAGAAAGCAGAGUUUUCAGAACCAACAAUGAAAGCUAUAAGAGAAAUGGGAUUCAAGAAAAUGACCAAGGUCCAAGCCAAGACAAUACCACCUUUGUUGGCAGGAAGAGAUGUAUUGGGAGCUGCAAAGACUGGUUCAGGUAAAACUUUGGCAUUUUUGAUCCCCGCCAUUGAACUCUUGUACUCAUUGAAAAUUAAACCUAGAAAUGGUACCGCUGUCAUUAUAAUUACCCCAACUCGAGAAUUGGCACUACAGAUCUUUGGAGUCGCCAGACAGUUGAUGGAACAUCAUUCACAAACUUGUGGAAUUGUGAUUGGAGGUGCUGACCGAAGACAAGAGGCAACAAAAUUGGCCAAAGGAGUAAAUUUAUUAGUUGCUACGCCGGGAAGACUUUUGGAUCACUUGAAGAAUACGCAAGGGUUUGUGUUUAACAACUUGAAGGCUUUGAUCAUAGAUGAAGCCGAUAGAAUAUUGGAAAUUGGGUUUGAGGAGGAAAUGAAACAAAUUAUAAAGAUAUUGCCAAACGAAGAUAGACAAACGAUGUUGUUUUCAGCAACACAAACCACCAAAGUGGAGGAUCUUGCACGUAUUUCUUUGAGACCGGGUCCAUUGUAUAUAAAUGUUGUACCAGAAAAGGAUGUCUCCACUGCUGACGGAUUGGAACAAGGGUAUGUGGUGUGUGAUUCCGACAAGAGAUUUCUUUUGCUAUUUUCGUUCUUGAAAAGAAAUGUGAAGAAAAAGAUUAUUGUGUUUUUGUCAUCGUGUAACAGUGUCAAGUUUUACAGUGAGUUACUCAAUUAUAUCGACCUACCAGUGUUGGAUCUUCACGGUAAGCAAAAGCAGCAAAAGCGUACAAAUACGUUCUUUGAAUUCUGUAACGCUAAGCAAGGUAUUUUAGUCUGUACUGAUGUUGCUGCUAGAGGGUUGGAUAUUCCUGCUGUUGAUUGGAUUAUCCAAUUUGAUCCACCAGAUGAUCCAAGAGACUAUAUCCAUAGAGUUGGUAGAACCGCAAGGGGAACACAGGGCAAAGGUAAAUCGCUAAUGUUUUUGACUCCAUCAGAAUUGGGUUUUUUGAGGUAUCUUAAGGCAGCCAAUGUACCACUUAAUGAAUACGAGUUUCCUGCAAACAAGAUUGCCAAUGUUCAAUCACAAUUGACAAAACUCAUCAAGACAAACUAUUUGUUGCACCAGUCUGCUAAAGAUGGGUAUAGGGCAUACUUGCAAGCUUAUGCUUCGCACAGUUUGAAAACAGUGUAUCAAAUUGACAAGUUAGACUUGGUGAAGGUUGGUAAGUCAUUUGGUUUUGAUGUCCCUCCAAAGGUCAACAUCACCAUUGGCGCUAGCGGCAAAUCGAUCGAAAAGAAACACAAGAAGCAAAAGAGAGAUAAGAAUUGA